CAACAUGCUGAAGGUGUUUAUUGUCGGCUCGUUGGCGCUCCUUGUGGCCAUAUCCAGCUCCAAUUCCCAGCAGCUGCAUCGGGUGCCGGUCUACAGGCAACAGAACUUUGUGAAGACACGCGCCAAUAUCAAUGCCGAGUUGGCCCAUGUGCGUGCCAAAUAUCAGGCGCCAUUAAAUCUGGAUGCAGCAACAAACACGAGCACGAGCACAACGAGCCUUCCCUCGUUGGAGCUGUCGAACACAAUGAAUAUGGAAUACUAUGGCGCCAUCACCAUUGGCACACCGCCUCAAAGCUUUAAAGUACAAUUGGAUACGGGCUCCUCGAACUUGUGGGUGCCAUCGAAUCAGUGCACCAGCCUGGCCUGCAUGGAUCACACCCAAUACGAUCCGGCCUCAUCCACCAGCUAUAAGUACAAUGGCACCCCGAUAACGCUACAGUAUAUAACCGGCACUAUGACGGGCUAUCUGGCCGUUGAUGUGGUCAAUGUGAAUGGCAUGAAUAUACCGGAUCAGACGUUUGCUGUGGCCACAAGCGAACCGGGUACUAUCCUAGUGGAUGCCAGUUUCGAUGGCAUUUUGGGCUUGGCCUAUCAGAGUCUGGCCAUUGACAAUGUUGUGCCGCCAUUCUAUAAUAUGAUAGCAUUGGGUCUGGUCGCAAAUCCGGUCUUCUCGUUUUAUUUGGCACGCAAUGCCAGCUCGGAUUUUGGCGGCGAAUUGAUCUUUGGCGGCUCCGAUCACAGCCUGUUUGCAGGCAAUAUGGUCUAUGUGGAUGUCAGCACCCAGGAUUAUUGGCAAUUUGAAGUGGAUAACAUAACAAUGAACGGUCAAGUCUUGUGCAGCCAAUGUCAGGCUGUUGCCGAUACGGGCACCUCAUUGAUUUUGGCACCGAAAGCUGCCUUUGAAUUGAUCGAGUCUCAGCUGAAUAUCGAUGCCGAUGGAUUAAUCGAUUGUACACGCACAUAUCCAACGCUUAAGCUUGCCAUUGGCGGUGCCAUCUUUGGCAUACCAUCGUCGGCCUAUAUUGUUUUCGAAUCGGACAAUAUCUGUGUACUGGGCAUUAGUUACACAACCACCGAUUUAUGGAUUUUGGGCGAUGUCUUUAUUGGUCAGUAUUAUACGGAGUUUGAUUUGGGCAAGAAUCGCAUCGGAUUCGCUUCCGUUCACGGAUUAAACUAUACCGCCGGUGGCGGGGCGUCCAGCCUGAAACACUUGCGCUUCCUGGAAUUUGGAGUCGUGUUGGCUCUGCUUUGGAAAGCUUUGGCAUAUCUUAAUUGAGCGGUGAUAUAUCGAGAAAUUUCUUUAAUCAGGUUUUUUUUUUGUUUUUGUUAAAAUUUAAUUAUAUAAAUCUCUGUGCUGAAUCUGAUCUGAUAUGCAGUUAUACUAUCUGAAAUAAAUUCUAUUUAGACCGACAACUUUACGGAACAGAAA